ACUUCAUUCUUCUAUAAAUGACUCAGUAGUCACCUUUCUUCCACUCCCCUUAGUGCCUUGAUUUCUUCUUUUUCUUGCCUCUCAUUUUUCUUUUGCUAUCUAAAAUGGAAGAAUUGGGUUAUUUAUGGAGUUAUCAAGAGGGAAUUGAUGAAAUGAAGCAGAAGCUUUUAUACACAACAAUUGAAUUAGAGACAUUAAAAGUAGAAGCAACUGAAGAAAUGAGAAAACACAAAGAAGAUGUCAAACAAUUAAUUGAUCUCUUGAAAAAUGCAUACAAAGAAAGAGACGAAGCUAAAGAUCAGUUACAGAAGCUUCUCAACAAGCUACUGCCGGAAUCAUCUCCGAUUCUUCCUCCGCCGCAAUCGGAAAGUCCUCCCGUAUUUCCGAUGAAGGCAAAUUCAAGUAUAACGGAGUCCAACAGUUCGUCUGCUACGUAUAAUCACCAUUCUGUCGAUUCCAUGUUCGACGGAGUUGCUUCGCCGGAUUUCUCAAGCAUAAACAUGGCGGAUUCUAGUAAAACGUACGUUCAAGAAUCGUAUAAUCUUGCUGAUGCAGCCAUUGAUAAUCUUGUUAAGGGAAAACUGCUGCCGGAGAAAGGAAAACUGUUGCAAGCGGUUACGGAGGCCGGUCCUCUUCUUCAGACGCUUCUUGUUGCAGGGCCGCUUCCGCGGUGGAGAAAUCCUCCGCCGCUGCAGACUUUUAGAAUUCCGCCGGUUUCGAUAAAAAGUUGUGAAAAUGCUAAAAUGAGUACGACGAAUAAAAGAUCGUUAAAUUCUGCGUCUUAUAGUGAAAUGUACCGCGGAUCUUCGCAGAUGUGCUCGGCUGCGGUGUUUAAUUUUAGCAAUGGUGCUUCUGGUUCAGGUUUAGGAAACGGUUGGUCGUUGAAUUCCGGUGGUAUUAAUCAAGUUCCGGCAGGCAAAAGACAAAGAUUCCACUGAGUUAUUUUUUUCCUUCUAUUUUUGCUGAUCUAUAUUUUUGUAUAAAAUAUUCUAAUUUCAAUGGCUUUUUUUUGGUGUAAAUGAAAAAUUCUAUUUUCGGAA